AUGAGGUACGUAUAUAUACUAGAAUGCCGGCACGGUACCGCAGUGAGCGAGCCCGGGCGGCGACGCACGUUCUGUCUGCUGCUGGCGGCGGUGGUGGGGCAGGAGGCGUGCGGCGUGCUCGCGCUGCUGCAGUACGCAGAGCGCGUCUUCGUGCUGGCGCGGGACCAGGCGCCCGGCGACCUCGCCGGCGCCCAGCUCGCCGGCGCCCAGCUCGCCAGCCCCGCGCGCCACGCCGUCCUGCUCGGCGCGGCGCAGCUCCUAGCUUCGCUGCUGGCGCUGUACCUCAUCGAGAAAGUCGGCAGAAAGGUUCGCACACUCUGUGUUGUCCGUAACGUGCUGGACUUAGUUACUGGAGACUAG